UUAUACUGCUGACGUUUCUUGUUAUCACUCCAGAAUGUGUCUAUGUGUGGAAGGUAGUAUGGGGCAAAACAGAGAGUGAGUGGCAUAGAACUGAACUUUCAAAGAGAAUAAUUCAUGGGAACGUGUCACUCUUGGGGAGUUGCUUGAUCAUCGCCGAUUUACAAAGGGAAUCAUUUAUGAAAUGAUGGCUGCAUGCAUGGUUGCUUACCAUGUAAUUUAGAGAUGCCUAGCAUGGCAGUAACUGUAAAUACUUGUGCUAUAUUUACAGAAGGAGCCUGGCGAGGGAGAAAUAUUUGCUAACUGUUGAUAGUUCCCCUGGUCCUUUUGAAAAUGGAUUUAGGAUGAUCCUGGGUUUUGUGCAUGAAACAUGGACUGGUGAAACUUCUUGGCUCUUAAUCAUUAUGUUACUGAAACAGCGGCAGUUCAAGAUCACGCAGAGCCCUUCAAGUGAGAGCAAAGUGUGGAGUUGACUAUUGUUGUCCUCUUCUUGUAGAAGACAGUGUCAUCGAACCAGGGACUGCCACCAGAAAUGUUGCAGUGCAGACACGCUCAGGAGUUCAGCUUUGGACCGCGAGCGCUGAAGGAUGCUCUGAUAUCAACCAACCCUGCCCUGCAGGAACUUUACUCCAAGGCCUUCUCCAGCGCUGAAAAGCUCUUCCUUUCAGAGGCCUACAACCCUCAUAGGACGCUUUUCUGCAGCUUGUUCAUCAGGACAGCCUUUGACUGGCUCCUCAGCCAUCCUGACGCCCCCGAAGAUUUUGAAACCUUCUACUAUUCCCUGUUGAGGAGAAAGCAACGAUUCUGCCGCAAGCACAUAUACCUGCAGCCCAUAGAUCUAAGCGAAGGUUCUGUUGGGGUCUCUCUGCUGGAUUCCUUGCGGAGCUGUGUCGAGUCCUUCUUCUUGGGCCUACGGGUCAAGUGCCUUCCUUCCAUCCCAGUCUCCUCCAUCCAUUGCUGUUACCGCCACAACCAAGAUUCAGACAGAGUGCAACUUCAUACUGAUGGGAUCCUGAACUUUCUGAAGAACAACAAGCCAAUGGACGCCCUCUGCGUCUUGGGCCUCACCCUUGCUGACCUCUACCCAUGCGAAACAUGGAGCUUCACCUUCGGGAAGUUCUUGCCAGGCCAAGAAGUGGGUGUCUGUAGCUUUGCCAGGUUUUCUGGCGACUUCCCCCAGGUGGGUUGCACCAUUUUAAACCCAUCUCCAUGGAGACAGGAGGUGCACGAUGAAGCUGUGGAGCAGGCCAGAAACCAGACACUGCUGUUCAACAUGCUAGAGAUGCUCCAGUGUUGCAAGGUCACAUGCCAUGAGAUCUGUCACCUGAUUGGCUUGGGAAACUGUCGCUGGCUUCAGUGCAUCAUGCAAGGCGCCUUGAGUUUGGAUGAAGUUCUGCUGCGGCCUCUGGAGCCUUGCCCAAUAUGUCUUCGGAAGCUGCAGUAUGUUGUAGGCUUCAAACUCAUUGAGCGCUACAGGAAACUCUAUGCUUGGAUGGAAACCCUUUUGUCUACCUGGCUCAGCCAAGAACCGUCAGAGCUGUCUGUGUCGGAGGAUGCUCUGCCACACAGCACAGACUCUGGAAUGGGUUGUGAGAACGACUCGGAGGUGGUAACUUCCCUCUCAGAAUCCUUGACCCCAGACACUUGCAGCCAAGCAGUUUCCACAUUACAGGAUCUUGACCUUGACGAACAAUCCUGUUCUCUGGCUGAUGAGCCCAGCCAAGAACAACUAGGUGGAGCGCCCAAGCCUUUGGACAUUAUUAAGGAAUACACGCUUUGGCUCAAAAUGUGUAUUGCUGCCCUUGAAAGAGAGGUCUCUGAAGAGGAGAUUCUGCAAGUGGACAGGGCUGUGGAUGCCACGGCGAAGUGGGAAAUGUUCACGGGGCAAUUGCCCAGCACCCGAAGAGACCUUCCUCUUCCAACUGAUAGUCCAGGGCUAAGAAAGGUCCUUGGAGGCAAGUUCUCCUCCUUGAGGAGAAAACUGAGCUCCAGAAAAUUGGCAAGAGCAGAAUCUUCCCCACGUCACUGGAAAUGGGAAGAGAGCUAGCCCCAUUGAGACACUUUGCCUGACUCCUGUGAAAAACAAAAUAAUUGGUGGUUUAAAUGUAGAAUUUUGUUAAGUCUUGUUUUCCUUGUUUCCUCUCAUCCUUUUCACUGCAAGUUCUCAUCUUUUUGUCAGAGAAAGAACUCCCC